AUGACGGUACAGGAGUAUCUCGAUCGCCACAAGCUGUCGCUGCGGAUAGAGGAGGCCGUCAAUGCGGCCGUGCGGGCGAAAACCGACGAACCAAUCGCAUUCAUAGCGCGCCAUCUGCAGCGCGCAGCCCCGUCGGUGAUUCUGAGCGUCAAGGGGCGCAUGGUGCUGGAUGCGAGAGGGGAGCCCACAGUGGAGGCGGAGGUGGGCUCACACAGGGGCAAGUUCCGCGCCUCUGUUCCCACCGGCGUUACAUCUGGCAUCUAUGAAGCAGUGGAAGUGAGGGAUGGGGACGAGGGGGAAUUCUUCGGGAGGGGCGUGCAGCGGGCGGUGGGGAAUGUGAUUGAGGUGAUUGCAGCAGCGGUGGUGGGGAGGGACCCGCGCGAGCAGGGCGAGAUUGACCGGCUUAUGGCGGCCGAGCUUGAUCAGACAGACAACAAGGUGGGUGGGGGGACGCGGUGA